UGUUGUUAAUAAACUUGCUCUUUUUAUAAGUAGAUGAGGUCACCUGCUGUUCGGAUAAUAUUCUUUCCUGGACUUUGCUAUACUAUUAGAGAGGUAGCACGAUGAACUUUUCAAGGAAGUCAGCUGAGUAUUGUGGGCGGCUUUUCGGUACUCUGAUUUGAGUUUAGCAAUGCUACUGACACUGCAGUUAUGUCACUCCCCUGCAUUACGUAUUAACCAAGUCCUCCGCUUUCUUAUCAGUGUCAAGCAGCCGGACGUGGUUGGACUCUUUUCUUAGUGAAAGGAUUCUGUAGCUUGUAGUACUGCUAUCUGGUUUCCACUGCAAAUUAAAAAUGGACCAUAAUUUGCCAGGAAGCCCGGAGCUUGUAACCAGUCGUUUAGAAACCGAGUUCGCAGUGCCAGCUCAGGUUGAGGACGCGUACCGCCGGAUGGCAGAUUUUGCCAGGCUGCAUGGGUCUCAAAACCGGCGAGUUAUCUUGGUGACCUCUGGAGGCACAAAGGUGCCGUUGGAGUCCCAUACUGUACGUUUCCUUGAUAAUUUCAGUAGUGGAACACGGGGUGCAACUUCGGCUGAACUGUUUCUGCAAGCUGAUUAUGCAGUCAUUUUUCUUUAUCGACACCGAUCGCUCUUUCCCUUCGUCCGCCGUUUUGCUGCCCUUAAUAUACUCGAUGUUCUGCGGCUUAAGGAAGGUGUGGGUUUGGAAGAACCCCGGGUGGAGCCCGAUCUGACAGCUCUUCCAAAUAUUGUUGAAAUAUUACACCGGUAUGAGUCUGUAAAACAAAAGGGAUUGUUACUUCCUGUGGAGUUCAGCACUUUGUCUGAGUAUUUGCAUUUGCUCAAGGCAGCUGCUCAAGCGCUUAGCCCUCUUGGAUCAAGUGCCAUGUUUUAUCUGGCAGCUGCUGUUUCAGACUUCUACAUUCCAGCUUCUGAGAUGCCACAACACAAAAUUCAGUCCUCCAGUGGUCCCCUGCAGCUGUCCAUGAAGAUGGUACCAAAGAUACUUUCCCCAUUAGUAAAGGACUGGGCACCUAAAGCUUAUGUUAUCUCUUUCAAGCUGGAAACAGACCCUUCCAUUCUUGUGGACCGAGCACGUAAAGCUCUUGAGACUUACAACCAUCAGGCAGUGGUUGCCAAUGUCCUUGAUACACGGAGGAGCUGUGUAACCAUAGUAACCAGGGACUCUCAGAUUGAUCUGCGUCUUUCUGAUGAGGAGGCAGCACGUGGUAUGGAAUUAGAGGAAAAAAUUGUGAAUUACCUCCAGGACUGCCAUGCACAUUUUAUCAGUCAGUAAUAGCCUGCUUUUUAAUUUUGUAUAACCAUUUUAUGGUAUUAUCCAUUUUAUUUAUUAUAUUCCAGUGAAGUGGUGCACGCCUGUUGAAUAAGGGGAAAUAAUUCAACAAAUGUUCAAGGUUGUACUAAAUCAGUAGUCAUUCUGCACUGUAACAAGUAGUUUAAAUUUGAAUGGUUAUCAUGCACUUACGUACCCAUCUGUUGGGAGAGUCAUAUGUAAGAAAGCUGUUUACUACCUUCUUUCUAAUUAGGAUGACAGAAAAAAUACCGGCUUCAAAUGUUGUAUAGCAGUCAGUUUUAUGUUAAAUUUUUUUAGUAAAAGUUUAGACAGCAUCAGUAAUUCAGAAAAAAAUGUACCUCAAUGCUUAUUCAGUUUACAACCAUUCAUUUAGGGAUUUUACUUUUAUGGCAACAUUUUGUUUACCCUGCAUUUUUUUUUUUUUUUGGUUACAAAUAUCACCAGGAUUAUCUUUGAAGACUGUGCAUUCUGUUGUUCAUCUCUAUUUCUCCUCCUCAGCUGUAUUUUUUUCUUAACAUAGAAUUAUGUCUGCUGUGAUUUAAUUUGCUUACUGACCUUUCACCGUUGCCCUCCACCUUGUCACUGCAAAGCACACCUCAUUUGAGUGUUUUUGCACUGUACGCAAAAGCAUAUACAACAGACGUCAACUAUAGGCAUGCGCUGUGACUACCCUUUGUUUUCAGAUGUGUCACUAACUUUAUAAUUUGGUCCUUUCAUAAUGUUUAUGAUUUUGUGGUAACAUGAUGAUAAUUUUACUGCCUGUAAUUCACAUUAUUCAGAGUUAAGACUUUUUUAUACAGGGCUAGACUUUUGAAUCUUUAGAAUAUAUAUAUUGACACAUAUCCUUUUAAUUUAUCAACUUUGAUGCCAAUAUUUAAAAAAUAAUCUUCCCUUAUGUGAAAAGGAAUUAUCAGUGAAGCUGAAACAUGUUUAAAAGAAGUAUUGUUUUUACCAAGGAAAUGCAGGAAGAGGAACAGUUAUUUUAUAAUAUCAGAAAAAUGGUGGCACAUCAGAGCAGAAGUUAGCAUAUGGCCUCACAGUACUCAGUUCUUUAGUCUACAGUUUGACUGGAUUGUCUUCUGUAUUGGGUCUGCAUGUCUUGCCCACAUCUGUUUGCUCUUGCAUAGCAAAGACAUGCCACAGUUGAACUGGCAGCCUUUUGCCAGUAGGUGUCUAUGCCAUUACCAUGUGUGAGUAUAUGUGCUUCCUGUGAGACUCUGGUACUCUUUAUAGGAUAUAUUAUUCUGCCUUGUGUUCCCUGGUUGUCAGGAUAGGCUUUAGCUUUUCAAUGAGCUUGCACCUGAUUAAGUGUGUAAUUGAUGAAUAAUUGAAUGAAAACGCAGAAAACCAAGUAAGUCAGAAAAUAGGUUGUUUACUUUUAAUGAGACUUGUACAGCUUAUGCUAUAGCACUAGAAUGAAGGUAAUGGCUUGUUUCUUUUUAUGCCAUAUGACAAUGUACUCCUGCUUCCUGUUAAAAUAGCUGGCAAAAGAUACUGGACUGCAAAGGUGCCCUUCAUUUUGUUGAAAACUAACUUCACAUCCCAUCUUACCAUGUUCAGUUUUUGUUGAUACAACUUGUAAAUUCUUCUGUAAUAUAUAGCAGAUGCUUUUCAUCAGUGUGAUCAUUUUUUUGAUAUAUUCCUUCAAAUAAUGACAAAUGUGAAGCUGUAUUUCAAGUAAGGGCUGUUGCAUUUGUUCUGCUAUUUUUUGGGCAUUUUACAUACCCUAACAUUUCUUAAAUUGUUUUAAUAAAAACUGAACACCAAGAAUUUAAAUCAAGUAAUGUAUAUUUCAAUAAAAAGUGAACACCAAUAGUUCAAAUCAAGUUAUGUAUAUUUAUGUGUUUCGACAGUGGCCAGCACUGAAGCCAGUAUAGCAGGCAUAUGUUUUCUUCGGGUCUGAUUGUGUCUUCCUGAAUAUAGAAUCCUAACAGAAUAUCAUCCAAUGUUCUGCUAUCAUGUUGUACCUGCAUGACUCCCUACUUGAAAGUGAGAAUGCUAAACUGUUAAAUGCCUCUUAGUCAAAUCCAUAAUAAUGAAAUGCUACAAUAAUGGCUUUCUACAGUGUUGAAUCUUUAGUAAUGAAGUGUUACAACAGUGCAUUUCCAUAUUAUUGAAUAAAACAAAAUAUUGAAAACA